AUGGAUAGAAUGAACCUGUCCAGUCCUGAGCUCCCUCCAGGAUUCAGGUUUCAUCCAACAGACCAGGAGCUUAUCAUCCAUUAUCUCAAAAAGAAGGUCUCAUCUUCUUCAAAUCCUCAAGUUUCGAUAAUAGCAGACGUGGAUAUCUACAAGUUCAAUCCAUGGGAACUUCCAG